ACCUUUCAAUGUGCGUUAACGAAAAUAUUGAUAACAGCAAAAAUGAUCCUGUCUGUUUCUUUAACUUGUCUUGUGAAACGGGUGAAUCAAAUCGCCCAUGCACAAUAGAAUGGGUAAGCAACAACGACAAUUUUAGGAACGUUGAUAAGAACAAUUUGACUAUUGGAGGGAAUAGUUAUCAUUUUAAUUCCUAUGAGACGUACAAUGUCACUAAAGACAUGGCUGGAGGAACUAUUACAUGUUUAACAAGAUACCAUCUCAUUCAGAUACAGACUAUGAAGUAUCGCCUCAAGGAGUGGUCGUAAAAUGUACUGUGGAUGACUGCAAUGCUAAAGGACAAUGGACGCUGCGAUGGAAAGAUGAAAAUACUUCUGUUAAAAAAACAUGUUAUACAGCAGAGAAAUGCCUGAAUCAUACGGGAGAUAGAGAAAACACAGAUAUUUGCAAAUCACAGGAACUGAAUAUUUCAUUGACAGUAUCCUGUUCAAAGACGACCGAUGGUAGUCAAUCCAAGGAAAGUGGCAUUCAGACGUUUUCGUUAACAUUCCCAUUUUCUGUCAACAAUGUACUUAUUGGAACAGGCGUGAUCUGUGGACUCUGCAUCCUGUUUGUAAUUGGAAGAUGUGUAUAUCUUAAACGGCAAAUGAUUAGCACAGUCAGCAUAACCGAAAAUGUUGAAAAUCACAGCGUCCCCUCGUCGGACAAUGGCGUGCUACACAUAACAACAGAAGGAGUCCAGUACGCAGUCGUGCAGAGACAGGCGGCCACACGGAGGACUGAAACGCAGCAACCACAUGAUGACGACAGCCUAACGUACGCCGAGUUGGACAUCAAUUUCCUACAAGAGGCUAACGCAAGGGUUUCGUUAAGGAGAUAUAAUAUUCCGACGGAGUAUGCUGACAUUGAGUUCUCCUCAACACAGGAACCUGAAAAAGAAGAUUGUGCGUGCCAAAAUGCAUCAGACGAGUGUAAAACUAGAUCAAAAACCAAACUAUGUGUUCCUGAGUGUCUUCAGUGACUUGAAGCUUUUUCCCUUAUAAAUAAGAAGGCAUAACAAAUCCUCAAAUAUAUAUUGGUUUCUGUUUUACUGCCCGAAUUCUUGCAAGGAAAAAUGAUACGCCGACGGAGUAUGCUGAGUUUUCCUCAACACAUAUAUCUGCUUAAGAAGAUCAUUUUACCACAAUACAUCAGCGAAGAUCUAGAUCAAAGACAAACCAAUCUAACAUAAAUUUACUUAUUGUAUUGUUUCUUUAUUGUAGUGCCUAUGAUUAUGUUUAUGCUUGUACAUUUUAUUUUGAACAGAAAGGAAUAUUUUUGAAACAAAGACCAAUUAAUCAAAAACAAAAUGAAAAUAUUUAUAAUAUUUAGAAUACUGAGACUUUGAUUGUUGAUUUAACAAAUGAUUUAUUCGGCACUAAGAGUGGACUUGUAUACAUGUACUUUUUGAAUGGCAGUUUUUCUCUUAUUCAUAUUAAGACAUUAUAAUUACUGAAACAUUGUUUGGUUACUGAAUUUAUUCCUCGAAUUGACAUUCAUAGAACAGGUAUACACUAUUGUUUGUCAGGCAAACAAAGCAUUAGGUUGCAAUCAUUUCAAGCAAUUCACUUCAUAUUAUCACUAAUUUAUUUAUAACAACAGGUUAAUAUUUGUGUUCUUUUAUACAUAUUUCGUUUAGAUAUACGAGCCUAAAUCAUUCCACUAUAUACGAGAGCACAGCUUUUUAAAAGUGUUACCGUCAUUCAUAAAAGGUACUUUUCUUCUUCAUUGUUACUAUUCUUUUCUCUACAAUGCUUUUUUCAGGAAAGGUAUGUGACUAUGAUAUCAACCAUUAUUAUCUUCCCUCACAUAUUUUAUUUAAAAUUGAAUGUCUUCUAACAGCAAUAGAAUAUGCAUUUGAUAGCCAUUAGUCUGGCAAUGACUCACAAUGAAAUUAAGAUUGUUGUUCUCUCAAUCAUACUCCGUUGGAAACGUUCGUUUGAAUUCAGCACAAACCGAAAGUGUCAGUUGUCCUCCCAAAAACACGUGGACGUUCGUGUUAAUAUGCAAAACU